CAUUAUUAAGAGGAGGGUAAGAGACAGAUACUGAGAGAGAGCGAGACAGAGAAAGAGAGGUAGAGAAAGAGAGAGAGAGAGCGAGAGACUACAGGAGCCUUGCAAAAAGAGAAGGGAGAGAGAGAGGGGGAAGGAGAUAAAAGAGCGCAAGGUAGCAGUUGAGGGGAAGGGAAGGAGAGAGGGUCAAAACAGGAACGCAGCCGGAGAGAGGGUUAAAACAGGAACGCAGCCGGAAAGUAGAAAGACAUAAAAAUCACAAGAAUUUCGCGUUCAGAAGGACAGCGAGGAGCAGAAAGACACUGCCGCGAGGAGGGGGAAGGAGCACAUAUAUCGGAGAUCCAGAGCAGGCUCGGAUCAGCACGGAAACCCAAGAUUAUGAAGCCAAUGUGGCUGCUCCUCUGCCUCAUGGCUCUGUCCAGCACCGGGCGCUUCCUGGUCUCCUCCCACAUGAUGCCAGAGGACCGGCUCGUCAGCCAAUGGAACGCCACGGAACACCCCCUGUCCGGAAUCAAUGUCUCUCACUCUCCAUCCAUUGAAAUCGUAGAGUUAUCUAAAGCUGUCAAGAAGAACAAAAAAGCCAAGAAACAGAGGAAGCAGAACGAUCUGAGUGAGAGGAAGAAGCGGCCCCCGCCCCCGGCCGGCUGCGUCCCACUCUGGGGGAGCUGUAAUCCCACCGGCAGCACCUGCUGCGACGGCUGCAGCGUCUGCCGCUGCCGGCUCUUCAAGACCGUCUGCUACUGCCGCAUGGGGAACCCGCGAUGCUGAGGCCCCGCGAUGCUGAGGCCCCGCCCCCACCCAGGACACGACCCCCCGCCCCCUUCACAAAAGUGCCACCCACUCUCUGGACAAGCCACCAAGACCCAGAUCAGCAAAAGCCCCGCCAGAGAUGAACACAGGCUCUGCCCCUUCAACUGUGCUUCUAGGCUCCACCCCCAAUGCUCUUCACCAUCCCCCAUUCUUCGGACAUGCUCAGCCCCACUUUGUACAAAGUGAGAACAGACCAAAAGGACCCCAGUCCUUCUUGCACUGGGUCAAACCAGCACUGGGUCGAACCAGCACUCGAUCAAGCCGGCACUGGGUCAAACCAGCACUGGGUCAAACCAGCACUGGGUCAAACCAGCACUGGGUCAAACCAGCACUCGAUCAAACCAGCACUGGGUCAAACCAGCAAUGGGUCAAACCAGCACUGGGUCAAACCAGCACUGGGUCAAACCAGCACUGGGUCAAACCAGCAAUGGGUCAAACCAGCACU